AUGCCUGAAACAGAUGAUGCGGCGUCAUCAGAAGUGACGAUGCUCGACAUGGAAGAAGCUGAUCGAUACGCUCAAGAGUUGGUCGGUGAAGUCCUGGCUCAGAGCAGCGAUGUGGGAUGGAGCAUGGAACAUUCAGCGUUACAAUCUGAGCAGCUGCGACAAGAUCUGCGAGAGAUUUGCCUCACAGACUUCCUGCAGGAAGAGAUUUGCAGCACAUUGCGAGAUACAUUUAGGAAGAUGCUCGAUUCUCACAUGAGCUCUCGUCGAGCGGAUGAAGAGCAAGUUGCUGUGGACGCUCUUGACGCACAACCCGAAGCAUCUGACUUGUACACGUUUGUAUUGGUGGACUCAUGCGAUCAUGAACGAGCUGUGAGAUGCAGGAAAGAUGCCGAGUGGAGUGAUUUCCUCAAGAUGUGCAAGUUGGCAACGGGAAUGGAGAUAUCUCACAUCAAAUAUGACGAUGACUUCGGACCGAAACAACAGAGUGACAUUGUUUGCGCUGGAGAAGAAGACUGGCAAGAAUUGCUGCAGAUGAUGGAGGAGGAUGCCGACGAAGUGAAGGGUAUGCUCAGAGUUGUCGUCUACGAGAUGUACAGAUCUGAACUGACAAGCGUGAGACUUCGCAAGGAAGAGGAGAGGCUGUUGAUGUCGAUCCGAGCUACAUGGGCGUAUCCUACCCGGCAAGAAGUGAAGGCAGUCUCUCACAUUCAGCGAUGGUUGCAGUCUCAUCCUGUCAGAAGCAGCUACACGUCUUGGUUGACUGCAGCCAGAAGCUCUGCACACACGCUCACGAGCUGCAUCAAGGCUAGAAGCUUGUGCUUGCACUUCCGACAUCGACGCCAUGCCGCAUCGCUUGUGAUCGCACGCUCCUACAAGACACAUCGAGCGAGGUUGGCGCUCAUCGGCAGCAGGAUGAUCGCCGAGACAGUCGUAGCCUGGUGCACGAGCAUCGCCGAGGAGCAGAACGCGUAUCGUCGAGAUUGGAUCAUCUCACAAGCCGUUCCUGCAGCUCAACAACUUGAGGCUGCGAUCAGGCGGCAAGCGGCGCCGACUGUGAUAGAAGUGAGAGAGAGAGAGAAGGAGAGAGAGAAGGCAAGUGCUGCUCUCCAAGCGCUCCUUCGAUGUCACCUGCUGCUUCGAGCCAAGCUUGCAAAAGACAUGUCCUCUCGCAUCGCUCAUGACAUGCUCGCAGACAAGUGCAUGAAAGGAGCCCUGCAUGUGCUGGUCUACGAAAACAGCGUCAAGCUGCUGCAAAGUGCCUGUCGUCGACACAAGGUUCAAAAAACCUUGGCGGGCAAGGUCACGUCCUUGUCAGCCGACAUCGCCGUCGAGUUUGCUUUCCAGCAAGUGAUGGACAUGUUGAUCCAUGCCGACCAGACCUAUGAAGCUAGCUUGCGAAGUAGCGCCUCGCAGAUCCUCAGUGACGCCAUCAAGAGGCUCUCUGUGUGGGCCAGACGUCGAGAAAUGCUGAGAGCUCAGUGGCAGCUGAAGCGAUGGUUCUCAACUUUGAACCUCGCGAAGAGAUACCGUGAGCUUGUUGAAGCUGCUGCUAGCUUGCAGAGAGUGAUUCGAAGUCGAUCUCGGCAUCGCGAGUUCUUCUCCUUCUGCCAUCAGGCCUCCAAGAUUCAGCGCAUGUUCCGCAGGCAGCGUCUGGUGUUGCUGACCUUCAAGUCGCGUGACGUCAUCGGCCGACUGAUGGCGGUGCUUCGCUCCUCCCUUCAUCGUCGCUUCUACUCCCACGUGCUCCUCAUCGGCAAGGACCUGACGCAUGGCGGCAACCUGCUCGCUCAUGCCCGCAGGUCACGUGACCUGGUGGCUCUCAUGCUGCCCGAGGCAACUGACGUCGAGAGCUUGACAAGCAUGCAGCCCCUGCGCCCUCAGUUUAUCUUUGACAGCUCGACCUUCAUUCUCCAGCUGCUGCUGGCCGAACGAGGCGUCGUCAUGUCUUCCUCCAGUCUGUUUGACCCGCGCAGAGAGGAGGAGGAGGAGAAGCAUCGCAGGUUCGUGAGGGCAUGGCUGGUCAGCAACCAAGAGGCUGUCGUGUCUCACGGUAACUCAGUGCUGAUCCUGCACUUGUUCCUCUCGCAGGUCCUCAACCCCUCGUGGUCGAGGGUCCAAGGGCUCGCAGUAGUCGUGGCCUAUCAUCUCCAGCAGCUCGCCAUGCUCAUGUACACCUUUUCUCACGUCGCCCUCGGCUGUACCCGGCAAGAUGAGAUCCGAACCCACGACUACCGCGCGACGGCACUUCAUCUGCAUAGCACGGACUCUUACUUUCCGUGUCAGUUCUCGCCCUCCAUCGACGACUUGGCUCACACCAUCUUCCAGCAGUGGUUGGCGAGUCUCAGCAGCGAGUACCUGCGUCACGUGGUCGCUGUCAAAGACGAUUUGACAGCCUACGCCGAGCUGGAGACCGACCUCCUGCUGCAGCUGCUGCUCUGUGCGAAGAACCAUCCCAGCUUGAGCCCCGUGCUGUCUCAUCUCGCUUUCACAGACAGGCUCUCAGACGUGAGGUCGCCCUCGCGAUUCCUCGAGUUUCAUACUAUUGUCAAGGAGGCUACCGGCGACCUCAAGGGCCUUGCUCUCCCCUACCUGAACCGGAUCUACUCCAUCGGCUUGCUGGGCGCUCGAAGCAUCAGAAGGCGACGAGGGCACGUGAGCUUGUGGUCGGCCAUGGCAGCGGAGGUGAUGCUGACCCGCUGCGUGAUGAACGACCUGGAGGCUGCGAGGAGCACGGGGAGCCUGCUGAAACCUCUCUUCUUCCUCAGGACUCUCUCCUCCUUUCCUGGUCGCCCAGUGAUGUUCCUGAGCAUGCACGUCGAUACAACCCUCUUGCAGAUCCUGCACGAUGACGUCAGCAGCCCGACGCGAGCUGGGGUCUUGUCGACCAUCGCAGUGCUCUCGAGCGACAGCUUUUUCUGUGCAUCGGCCUCCAUGUCCCUCAUCGAUCGUCUUGCUGACCUUGCGAGCGUCGUGACAGAUGACAACCAACGCGACUCAGUGCUGCUGAGCUUGUUCAACGCGGGAGCAAGACGAAGAGAGGUUUUGCAGCAGCUCCUUCACCGUCGAGGGUUUGUCGACACCGUCAUCAGCCUCCUCGAAGGAGGCGAGCGAGUCUUGUGGCCCCUCACAGCAAAGCUCGUGACGCUCCUGGCGCGAGAGAGCGACGGCGGCUUGUCUCCCUCUCAGACCCAGCAGAUCCUCACCUGCCUCUCCGCCAAGCUCGUGCACUCAGACGAUCUGACAAGCGACGCGGUCACGGCGGCGCGAGUUGUCUGCAAGAGCCCAGCAGCACUGCAGCAGCUGAGGGCUGACUCUCAGGUCAUGUCUUACGUCUUGAACAUGCUGCAAGGCCCGCGAGAAGACCUGUUCUAUGCUUGCGCGAAGCUGCUUCGUCUGAUGCUUCUCGAUGAGAGGACCUGUACGACUACCUUGCAGCAGACGUCGUUUCUGAACCUGCUCUACCAGAGGAGCACCAGGAGAGAUGUCAAGAUGAGAAGAGCAGUGCUUAAGCUGCUGAGAUCGAUUGCUCUUGCCUUUGAGACGAGCUUAGCGUCUCUUUCAAGCGGCGAGCAAACAGACGUGUCGGUGGACAACCUGAUGCAAGUGAAGCACUUCACCUCCAACAGCAUGUGGCUCGAGAGCGUCUUCAACAUCGUCCAAGAUGACGUCACCAACAGACUGCUGGCCUUGUCGUUUCUCAAGACCCUCAUGCAGCUCAGCCCGGAGUCAAGCUUGUUCCUCCUUGACCUCCAGCACAAGCUGCCCGCCUUGAUCGCGAGCUUGUCCGACUCAGACGUCAACACUUGUCAAGUCGCCGCAUGGUGCGUCUACUACAUGACCAAGGAGACGGUCGUUGCUGAGCUGCUCCUCGCUCGCGGACUCUACACGCGCCUCAAGGUCCUCCUGUACUCGGCCAGCCCUCCCUCCCUCCGUGUUGCCGUCCUCCACUGCCUCAGGCCCCUCGUGGUGGGCGUUGGGAGACGCUGCGACCCCGACGAGGAGCUGGUGACCUUCCUGGCGGGUCUGCUGGGGAUCAACGACGAGGAGCUGAGAAGGGUGACUGCGGAGCUGCUGUCGGAGAUGAUCGUCCAGGACUACAUCGAGCUGCAGGUGUCGCUAGAUCGGGGCAAGUGUCUGCCUCAGAGUGACAACUGGGGCCUCUGCGACCCCUUCCUCAAGCUCUCCAUCAACGGUCAGCAGCGCGUGUCUCCUGUCGUCCGCAACAGCCUCCAUCCGGUCUGGAACUUCUCGUCGACGUUUCGCAUCAGCGACAAGUCAGACGAGCUCUUGCUCGAGCUCUUCGACUGGGACAUGGUGGGGGAAGAAAAGCUGGGCUGCCUGCGCUUGUCGUGCGAGACGCUCGAGCUGCACGGGACGGAGGAGGGAAGAGUGAAGCUGACGAGGAUGACGCAACAGCAGCUGCAGAGGCUCGAGAAGGAGCUGCAGGCCUUGCAAGCAGGGCUGAUCUCGCCGUCAGUAUCCCAUGAAACCUCUGACAUGACAGGAGGGACGAAGCGAUCUCCGCAGGAGCGAGCGAGAGAACAGAGAAAUGGGAGGACAAGCAGACAAGAGCUGGGGAAGAGGAGCGGCGAAGGCCUGACCCCCCAAGCGAUCAGCGUCAAGGACGAAGAGAGCGACGUGAACUCGGUGAGACGAGCAGCGUUGGGGAGGAAGCGAACGCUGCAGGACGAGGCGAGGAGGCUGGUGGAGCUGGAGCAGGGCUGGUUUGAGCUAGAGGACGAGGAGGGGGCUCGGCUGGAGGGGUUCGAGGGGGAGGUGCUCGGGUUUGACGACAAGGGCGUCAUCCAAGGGAAACUUCGCAGAGCCGCAACGCGCUUGAGGCUGAACAUGCAGUAUGAGGUGCUCGUGAACGUCGACCGCACGCUCUUUCGAACUCCUCGCUUCCUCCCCCGCGUGCUGACCCUCCUGCGUCAUGCCAGCGACUCGAAGCUCGCGACCUGCCUGCUCAAAGUGCUGCGAGCGAUGACGGAAGACGUUCCCGAGUCGGUGGAGGAGAUGAUAAAGCACGCGGGGAUGUUGGACCUGCUGCAGGAAGGGCUGGAACAAGGAGGAGGAGGAGACAUGCGUGUGCUAGAGGUGAUGCGACUACUCAAUCGCUUCUGCGAGGAUGAAGCCUUCUCGCUAAAAGUCUGUGCUCGCGCAAUGCUGAUGGAGAUGCUGGAGGAACAGCACAAGAGCAGCUGGGAAGAGGUUGCGAGCCUGAGCAAGGCGGUCAUGAAGAAGAUCCAGAAGCAUAUGCAAGAGCAUCACCGGAAGCAGAGGGGGAAGAAGAUGACAAACUAGUAAUGAAAGAAAAAGAAGAUGACAAACUAGUAAUGAAAGAAAAAGAAGAUGACAAACUAGUAAUGAAAGAAAAAGAAGAUGAAAAACUAGUAAUGAAAGAGAAAGAAGAUGACAAACU